AUGCCUCCGGUCCCUUGGAUGAAAUAUUCGCAACGCCACAUAGCCAGCAGAGCACCCAUGACCCAGGCAAGACCAUCCUUGCCUGGAUCGGAGAACAUGGUAAGUUCUGCACAUGGACUAGCCAGUGGUGAGACGCUUACACAAAUCUCGGCUAAACUGGCCUUGACAUCUGCCAACUUGUUCACUUUCACGGACAAGGCUGAAAUGCUGACUGAACUGCGGACGGCGAUCCGCAAGGAGAUGAUGGAGGUACAGAGAGAUCUCAUGGCCCUAGAGACCAGAGUAGAGGAGUUGGAGACUGACAGACUAAUGACAAUGCAGAGCCAACAGGAGGCUGAUACAGCCACUGCAAGACAGGGAUCAGUCCUGCUUGAACUGCGCCAACAGGUUGAGGACCUAGACAACAGGGGUGGGCUCAAUAACAUAGGCAUCAGGGGCCUUCCGAAGACAUCAAUGAAGUCUCUCCUGGAGAUGCUGACCUCCCUAAUAGCAUAA